AUGUGCUUUAACAAAAACUUUCCUGCAAGUCAACGUGACCGAAAUUCUAUAGGUGGACACAUUGACCUCACAUUUGAUUCUGGGGCCUUAAGAUAUGACAAGAAAGAUAAUGAAUAUUAUUUGUUGAAUACUAAGUGUGAGACAAUAGGCAACAAGAAUGUAGAUACAGGUGGCUUGCUACAUGGUUUCUUAAAGGGGUUCAAAUUGUCAACUGAUGUAGACAACUCUCUACCAAUGAUAAGUGUCUCUCAGCUUGCUAGGGAUUACCCAAACAUAUUUGAUGGAUUUAAAUGUCAAGUACACUGGGGAGGAAGAGUAUUUGUUGCCACAAAGGAUCCAGAAGUAGACAUACAAACAGAGAAAACCAUUACGAGGCAAAUAAGAUCUUAUAAUGCUGAGCAAAAAGAUAAUACCAAUUACAGUGCCUUUGGUGGUCUCAAGAGACAAGGUGAAGAUAGGAGUGACGAGGACUCUGAUCACAGUGGACCAGUGCCACCUCCUAGUAUUAAUUAUCCUGUUCCUACCAAUACACAUAUUCCUAGAGUUAGAGUCCAACAUACUCAAAAACCAGUUAACUUGAAGUGGAAGAAAGUGUGCCAUGUACCAAAUGUGAGGGAUUAUUGGAGUGAUUAUUUGGGUUUCUCUCCAAUUUAUGAAGCAAUGACCCAAAAGAGAUUUGAGCAAAUUAGACAGUUUUUGCAUUUUAACAAUAAUGAGAAAAUGUUUCCCAAAGACCAUGUAAAUCAUGAUAGGUUACACAAAAUUAGACCAUUAGGUGACUAUCUAAAUGCUAAAUUUAGUAGCAUUCCGUAUCGUAGAGACUUAGCACUUGAUGAACAGCUAUGUGCUACCAAAACCAGAAAUUAUUUAAAGCAAUACCUUCCGAUGAAGCCUCAUAAGUGGGGGUUUAAAUUAUUUCGAUUACAAAAUGAGGAAGAUUUAGGCUCUAGUGCCAAUGUAGUGAUAAGGUUGACUCGUGAAGUUCCUACUAAUGCAAAUUAUAGAGUUUAUUUUGAUAACUAUUACACAAGCAUUCCUCUAAUGGCAGCCUUAUAUCAAAAAGGAAUAUUGAGUGUAGGUACUAUAAGACGUAAUGGAAUUCCUAAUUGUAGAUUACCUGAUGAAAAGUUUUUUAAAAAACAAAUACGUGGUACGGCAUAUGAAUAUAUAACAUCUUACAAAGAAGCUCCGUUAAGUAACGUAGUAUGGAAAGAUAAUAAAUUAGUAACUUUAAUGUCAACAUACUGUGGUAUUGAACCUAAAUCAUCAAUUGAACGUUUUGAUAAAAAAUCUAAAACCAAAACGACAGUUGAAUGUCCUUUUAUAAUAAAGGAAUAUAACCGAUUUAUGGGAGGUGUGGACACAUUGGAUAGCUUAAUUGGUCGAAACAAAAUUCAAAUGAGAUCUCGAAAAUGGUUUGUACGAUUAUUUUACCAUUUACUUGAUUUGACUACAGUCAAUUCGUGGCUAUUAUAUAAACGAGUAAAAGAAGAAAAAAUGGAACCUGUGAAGUACACAUUAGCGGAUUGGAGAAAAGAAUUGGCAUUUUGUUUAACCAAAACAGGUGUUAUAAGAAAGAGUCGUGGGCGUCCUUCAUUGCUUGAAGCAGAACUUCAAAAUGUAAAAAAAAGAAGACCUACUACUUCUACACCAAAGGAUGUAAGGAAAGAUAUGUUAGGACAUUGGCCGAGAUUCCAGGAUAAAAAAGGGCGAUGUAAAAUUCCCCACUGUACUGGUACUACAUUUUGGAUGUGUUCUAAGUGUAAGCAAUAUUUAUGUCAAACCAAAGAUAAGCAGUGUUUUGAAGACUAUCAUUCAAAUAAUUCAGAUUCUGAAGAUGAUCCAUCACCAGUAUUAAAGAAAAAAAAAUCAUUAGUAAUUAAAGAGAGUGAUAUUGAAUCAAGUUCGAUGGAAACUUUAUCAAACUCUGAAACUAUUGGUCAUCACAAGCAUAGAAAACAAAAGUAUAGGUCUCACUGGGAAUCCAUACAAGAAUUCAAAGGUUGGUUAAAACCAGUUGAAAAUAAUAAUUUCAAAGCCAAAUGUAUCAAUGCUCCUCCCAAGUCAACAUUAAUGAUGACCAAUUUUACAAGUUUUGAAAAGGAUGAUUUAGACAAAGAUGUAAAAAUUGCAGAAAUCAAAUUGACUGGAUAUUUAGCUGAACAUAAUAUCUCUUUUAACAGUAUAGAACAUUUAGAAGGUCUUUUAAAAAGUAUAUUCCCAGACUCAAAAAUUUGUCAAAAAAUAAAGCUCAAGAGAACCAAGGCUACAAAUAGUAAUGUCAUCGGUUUUAGUUCUGAUGGUUGCAAUGCUAUGUUCGGCAAAAAUAAUUCAGUAGUUGGUCGGUUUUAUGCACGUUUUCCAGGUAUAUAUACUAUGAAAUGUAUAUGCCAUAGUUUGCAUUUAGUGGCUAGUGAAGCCUGUAAGAAAUUGCCUCGCAGCUGUGAAGACUUGGCGAGAAAUGUCUAUUCUUUUUUUAGUCAUAGUGCUAAAAGGCAAAGUGAUUUUGUUCAGUUCCAAGCAUUUGUCGAAGUAAAAAUUCAUAAGAUUCUCCAUCCAUCUCAGACUCGCUGGCUUUCACUAACAACUGUUGUCACCCGUAUUUUAGAACAGUGGGAAGCCCUUAGUCCAAAAACUGCCUUGUCGAUGGAAAUGAGAUCUAAAUAUCCCAGUAUAUUAAGUUUAGCAUCAAAGAUCAAAAGAAUUGCUGGUGAUGAUGAAAUAUUUUUACAAGAACUGGAUAAUCAGUGGAGGAAGUUGCCAUUAACACAUUUUUCAAUAAAUAUCAACACAGAAAUUGAACCAGACAAAUUUUGGGCAAAAGUUGCUGUGUUUAAAGAUUCAGAUUCUGAUGACCCUGAAUGUUCUUUCUUCCUUUGCUUUAAAAGUCUUAUCAUUGCCCCACUCAAAUGCGGACUGUGA